AUGUUACAUGGCAAGAUGUACGUGGCAAACUCGCCCUCUCUGAUCGCAGCGGCUAUGUGCCACGGAGACAUUUCCUUCGAGCCUUUCCAGAUCGAAGCCUCGUCGGCUGUGCUGGAUCUUCCGAAACAUCACAUAGACACCCUUAUGCAACCAGGAAUCUUGCACCAGAUCGAGAAAACCAUGGCGGCAAAUCUACGCCAGGAGGCGCUCCAAAAGAUGAACCAUGCUGCUCUGAAAUACUUGGCAGGGGUGUUGAACACAAUCAAUGGCAUAAGCCCACUGUCCGAUGGAUUCGAAUGGAUCAAGGGCACCUUGACCAUGGCCACUGCGACUGCUCUGUACGGGAAGGACAAUAUGUGGGACGCCAAGAUGCUUGAAGAUCUUUGGACGUUUGAAAAAGGUGCAGGGCUCUUGGUGAUGAAGGUUGCACCGAAUUUGGUCGCUCCCAAAGCUAUCGCUGCCCGAAAGAGGAUGAGUGAUCUUAUCCGACCUUUCUACCAGGCACGAAAAGAUGAGAACUCGGAUGUGGCAAAGAUUCUUCAAGACCGAGCUCGGUAUCUACGCGAGCUGGGGAUGCCCUCCGAAGACCUCUCCCAAACCGAGUUUCUGAUUCCCUUUGCUGCAACGCUGAAUACGGCGUCGAACCUGUUCUGGACAUUUGCCGAAGUUUUCUCCAGGCCAGAGUACGUUGAGCGUGUCCGGCAGGAAGUUAUACGGGUGGCUGUGGAAACCAAGAGCGAAACGGGACGAGACGUGACAAUUAAUGCUAAAAGCCUGGAAGCAGACUGUCCUUUCCUCGGCGCCUGCUUCCGCGAAGUUCUGAGGCUCCACAGUGCGCAGAUAGGAAACCGACGUAUUAUGAAGGAUGCUACACUAGAAGACACAGAUGGUCGUCAGUAUCUGUUGAAGAAGGGCACCAAUAUGCAAUGGUCGGCAAGCGUCACGCAUUUCAUGCCGGAGAUUUGGGGCGACGAUGCCGCUUCUUUCAAGCCGGAGCGAUUCCUUGACGUUGAUCCCCGGGAUGAGAAACGGAGACGUGGGGCAUUGAUCCCGUUCGGCGGCGGCCGCCAUCUGUGUCCCGGCCGUCACUUUGCCCAAACGGAGACCCUCGGGUUCGUCAGCGCGUUAGCGCUCGGGUUCGACGUGGAUGGCGUUGAGGUUCCUGCGGCGGAAGCUCCGCCAUUAGGUGGAGCGACAAGACGACCGGCGAGUGAUCGGGCCGCCGAGAAUAUCAAACUUUCGCGGCGGAAGGGUUGGGAAGACGUGACGUGGAGAUUUGUAUGUUAG